AUGGAAGAACCAAAUACUAUAGAUUCAAUAUCUCUGCCUAUGUUUCCAGAUGAGAUCGUGGGUAAGAUAUAUGAAGAAAUCUCUUAUAAUAAAGGAUCGAUUAAAAUUAAUAAAUUAUGGGAUACUUUUAAAAUUGAGAAUAUAAGUAUGAAGAAAUUUAUAUUACAAUGUUGUUUAUCCAAUAUUGACGUCAUUUUAGUUGAGAAUGAAUUGCCAGUCCCAAAUAAAAACGAUAUUGAUAUUUCUUUAUUAUUGGAUGACACUGAUGGGAAAUACUCUUUGAAACUCCAAGAAAAUAGAUUAUGGAUCAUUUUGACAGGUUAUAACAAAAAGGAAUGUAAAAUUGGUAAUUUAGCUUUCGAAUUAUUAUUGGAAAUCGCUAAUGCCAAAGAGAAAGGGAUUAAUACAAUGGAAUUGGCAAGGGCCACUAGACAAGAUCCAAGGUCAAUUACUGGUAGAUUAAAAAAGAUAGAAUAUCUAUAUCAAAGUGUCCAAUUAAUCUAUAAAGGCCACGUAGUCAAAAAAUUAACCUUGAACAAAUUUGUCUCAACGGAAGCUAAUCAAUCUAGUACAAAAAAGAUAGAAGAUGGUUCUACCUAUAUUCGUAUGAGAGACUAUUUGGGGACUAUUGUCAGUAUAGUGAAGAAAUCUAAAAAUGGCAUAAGACAGAUUAAUGACUUAAGAAGAGAAAUGAAUUUUGAUAAGAAUAAAAGGCUUUCUAAAUCAUUCCUUGCAGCUAUUAACUGGCUUUCUGAUAAAGGGUUCUUGAGAAGAGUUUUAGUUAUUCCACCAAACAAUCCUGAUGUUAAAGUUAGAUGUGUUCAAUAUCAACGUGAUUACGUUUUAGAAAAUAAUAAAAUUGGGGUGGAUUUUGAAGAUGGAAGUCCAUCUGAUAGCGAUGAUGGAAACCGUGAUACCAGUCUUGGGAAAAAUAGUAAUAGUAGUGGCAGUAAUGGUGGUAAUGGUGAAAAUGACGAUGCAUAUGAAGAUGAUUAUGAUGAAAUUGUAUAUGAAGGAUUGGAUAAAGUCAAUGGUAUAGAUCUGCUAACCUAUCAAACAAUAAUUACUGAUGAGAAAAAUAAAACUAAAACUGUGAUUGAAAGAAAUGAAAUGUUGAUGAAUAGAUUUUAUCCUAUUCAAAACCAAACAUAUGAUCUCAGUGAAAAGACAGGUGAAAGAGGGUUAUCUACAAUUGAUGCUGUAAAAUAUAUAUGUGGUAAAGAUUUUCAAAGGGCAUAUGCAAAGGUUGGGGAAUAUUUUUUAAGUACAAUUGGGAAAAAGAAUGCUUCUACGUCUGGAUUAAAGUUAAUUAAAAUAUAUGAUUUUGAAGGUAAAAAAAAAUUUUAUAGAACUUUCACAGAAGAGAAUUUUAAUAAAUGUUUUGAUAAGGAAGUCUCUACUGAUAUUGGUGUUUUAAAACCGUUAAAAAAACAAAAUAUAUCAUUAACCUCGUUAGAUAAAAAUAAUUUUCUUGCUAUUAGUAACACUGUAAGAUUUGGUGUUAAUAAAGAUGGGGAAGAAGUAUUUUUUUGGAAUGGUGAAGAUAUAGAAAAUUUAAGCACAAGUCGACCAAAGAGAGUAUCUAAAAAAAUGGAGAAUAUGGAAAAAUUGAAAAGGAAAAAAGAGGAAGAAACAAAAUUAAAAGAGGAAGAAACUGCUAAAAGAAUUAAAAUUGAAAAUAAAAAGAUCGCUGCUGAGAAAUUGCUAUUAAAGGAUCAAUCGGAAUAUGCGGUAUUAUCUGAACAAAUCAAUACAGAUACCAUCAUUGAUCCAACCUUUAUGGUAUCUGUAUCGGAACCUACUGAAAGCGUAGUCAAUACUAUUUCAGUUAAUGGAUUUCAAGCAACCUCAUUAGCUUCCUUGAAAAGACAAAGGAAACUUUUGGAACUUUUGAAAAGAAUGGGAGGUUUUGCAUUCUUAAGGGAAAAAUUUUUCGAUAAAUUGUCUAAGAUGUUGGGUUUAACAACCAUUGUUGAUAAAAAGACUAUUGAUGGUGAUAUAAGAUUUUUAUCUAGUACUAAUAAGGUAAUAUUAAAAAUUGAUAGAAUGUUGAGGAAACGGUAUAUCUAUCUACCGGAUAUGGACUCUGAAACUAUUGAAAAAUUCAUAAUGGAAGAUAAAGAUAAUAGAAAAACCGGGAUACACGACAUUAUUUCACAGAGUGAUAUUUAUUUCUUUGAUGCUAAUGAAGAAAAGAAAUUUAACCUAGAAUCUAAAGCUGUAAAAAGGCUUCGUAAAUUUAAGGAAAAGACUGCUGCAUCUAACAAGAAUACGAAUACUAAGCAAAAGAAGAAGCAGAGAUCAAAGGAAUCAAGAGAUGAUGUUGUAAAGUCUGUAUCAGUUAAAAAAGCUGCAAAGGAUAGAGUUGAUGGCGAAAUAUCUAUCCUAGAAAAUUCUGGAUCAUCUUCUAUGUCUAAAUUAUCCUUUAUUCUAAAGAAGGAAACAAUACCUAUAUUAAUUAAAGCUGUUGUUAUUACUAAAAGUAUUACAAAAGAGAUUCAAUGGCCUACAAUUUCGUGUUUGUUCCCUAAGAAUAGUAUAGGGAAUUUAAAGAAAAAAUGGGCAACUAGAAGAAUUAGAAUGGGAAACAGUGGUUUAAAGCUUCUUGUAGAUAAGUGGAGAUCGAUUUUAGUUGAUGGUAUUAAAAAGGAGAUUGUUACACUGGAAAAUGUCGAGAAGUUACAUUUAUCUAAGUUAUUAAAGUUAUGGUUAGAUCAUGAGAAGGAUGGAGAUAUUAAUUCUAUUAAACUGUAUCAGAAUUACGAAGAUAAUAAAAAAAAAUAUAUACUUGCACCAGAUUCUCGGAAUAUUUCAGCAAGAAUGAGUAAUGUCCUUUCUUCGAUGAUCCAAAGGGAAGUGUUCCUUUUGAAAGAAACUUAUACCAUAGAAAACCCAUAUUCCACUGUUACUAAAUUAAAAAAAUCCGAAUCAGAGGAAAAAAUUAGGUCUGUUAUUAGGUCUAUUUUAAUUGAUAGGCAAAAUACUGAAGUUCAGGAAAUUCCAGCUCUUGAUAAUAUUCCGCAUGAAUUGAUUGAAAAAACCUUAGUUGAAAUGGCUAGAGAGAAACAAAUAUAUUUAAAGGGUUCAAAGCUUAGAAUGACUACUACAGUAGGUGAAUUUUUCGAAAAUAAUGAAUAUACAGAUUUGUUUAAAAAAAUAGCAAGUUACACAGAAAACAUUGAAGGGAUUUUACAAGGAAGUAAUGGGAUUAUUGUAAGUGAUGAGCCUCGUGACACUUCUAUUAUCAGCUUGAUUGAUAUUUGUGAAAGACGACUUGUCAAUAUUUAUCAGGUCCCUAUGGAGAAACAGAAUUAUCGUUUUUACUAUGCGUCUAGAAAAUUUGAAAUAGACACGUUAACACCACCUUUAAUUCUGACUGUGAAGGACAUAAAGAUGCCAUUUUACACUAAAUCAAAAUCUGUACCUGCACCACUAGGCGAACCAUAUGCACGGUUAUGGGUUGAUGCACAAGGUAGAUUGAGGGAGACUGUGUGGAAGCAAUGUACUUGUUUCGUUAUAUAUACAAUUCUUUUCCGUCCAGGUAUUACCAUUUCCAAAUUGCUUGAACAAUGCAAUCAAAUUCUGUCGUUUAAUGAAUUAUCGGAAAUAUGUAAUUGGCUAUUCAUGAAAGGAUAUCUUAUGAAGUUACCUUGUGAUGGUUAUUGUGUUUCUAAUGAAUGGCCUCGUUUGUUACUCUAG